UUUCUCUUUUACUACAAAAGGCAAAGCAAAUACACACUUUAAUGGAGGACUCACCACUUUGCUCUUUUGAUGAAUUAGAGAGAUCUUGAUUCAUUUCAUAGGCUUAAACUAAAGAAGAUGCAAUGCUGCCAUGAAACCUAUGGCAAGCUCUUCUACAAUGUCUCAACCUUCUUGUUCAUGUUCUUCCUCUUCAUCUAUUUCGCAUCCUUUUUUCUUGCUAAACUCUUCUUCAUUUGCGGAGCUCCAAUCUUUCGAAGAAAACGAGAUGAGUAUUCAAAUGAUGUGUUUCACCGCGAAGAGGUUGAGGAGGAGGAAGAGAAAGAAGAAGGACAAUGGUAUUUUCACGACGAUUGCAUGGAGAGGAAUUAUGUUUUCGAGGAGGAAGAAGGGAAGAUUAAAGAGCCAUCGGAUGAUGAUUUUAAUGAGAGUUUCGGCUCGCCAUGUUCACAAUUUGAUGAGGUUGAACCGAAGAUAUCUGUUACUAUUUCAGAUUCCACUUCUUAUAAUGACGAUACCACGAUUCACAAGAAGGAAAAAAAAGAGAAGGGAAAAUUUACGCGUGACGAAAAUUUUCUAAUUUUUGCACCACCCAAGAUGGAAACAAAGAAACUUGUUGGAGAAAAAGAUGCUAUAGAUAUUCAAGUUGGUCAGUCUUCCUCUUCGUCGCGAAGAAGUUGUCCUAAGUGGGAAUCGUACGCCAUGUUUAAAAAAUACGACGAAGAAAUGUUAUUAUUGGAUAAAAUCAGUGCACAAAAGCUCCACCAAACAGAGUCACUCCGAUCGAUACAUUCGUGUCCAAGAUCAUUAUCCGAGAGAAUAACAAAUAAACUCGCGCUUAAAAAGAAGGACUCGCCGUCUAAUUACUUUGUAGACCCAUACCAUGAGCUAGAGGCGGUUUAUGUUGCUCAAAUUUGCUUGACAUGGGAGGCUCUAAGUUGGUACUACAUUUAUUUUCAUCGAAUUAGGGUUUCACGCCGUGCCUAUGAUCCAGGUUGUCAUGGUGGCAUCGCUCAACAAUUUCAACAGUUUCAAGUUCUCUUGCAGAGGUACAAUGAAACUGAGCCAUUUGAACGUGGUCGAAGGCCUGAGAUUUAUGCUAGGGUUCGGAUACUCAUUCCCCAAUUGCUUCAAGUUCCUAAAUAUGGAGACACUAGCAAUGAUAAGGAAGGGGAAGUUACAUUUGGCUCAAGAGUUUCUUCCAUCUCAUUCCUUGUCAUAAUGGAGGAGGCCAUAAGAACUUUCAUGAAGUUUCUAGAGGCCGACAAAGAGAGUCACAACAAAAUAUUAUCGGGUUUUUUCAAAAGAAAAUCUAGAGGUUCCAUCGAUCCAACUCGCCUUCCCCGUCUCAAGAAAAUAAACAAAUGGAAGAAGGUAAAGAUAGAAGAACUUACUAGGGUUGGGAGUAAUUUCUUGAGACGAAAAAAAGAGAAAGGAUGCGAAGAGAAGUUAGAGGUUUUGAUGGCUCACAUUGAUCUAAAAUUGGUGUCUAGGGUUUUGAGAAUGGAAAAAUUAAGUGAAGAUCAACUACAAUGGUGUGAAGACAAGAUAAGUAAAAUUGAAGUCGUGGAUGGAAACCUUAGGAGAGAUCCUUCUCCGCUUUUUUUUCCAUCUCAUUAAUCGCACUUAGUAGUGCAAACUAAUUUUUCUUUUACUUGUAAUAAUAAUAAUAAGAUUUAAAAUUUAACAUAUCUCAUAUGAUGUAUAAUAUGCUGUAAAUAAUAUAACUUAGCAUCUUUAAAAUCUUUUUUGGUUAAUG